AUGCGCCAGACGGUUGAGUCGACAGCGGCAGAGCCACAGUGGCCUCCGCGAUCACCACACGAAGCUUUACUCGGCACGCCCGGCGGCCGCGAGAGGCUACGUCGCCUAGCUGAGCGAGGCUCACCGUCGCCUUCGCCGACCAAACUACGAGCAUCCAGGAAUACGGGCUCGAUUCGUACGAGGGACACAGACUUCGAGGACGAGAUCGGUGACCUGGACGACGAUGACGACGAGGAGACGCUACAGUUGAAAUUACAGGAAAUACAGGCCAGGCUCAAGUUGAAGAAGCUACAAAAGACGCAACGGAGGGCGGAUGCAAGUUCGGAUCUGGAGAACGAGUCUGUGCCUCGAGCCAAGUCAGCGACCGGAUCACACAGGUUCGAGGGAAGCCAGAGGCCGCAGCCGCAAACCCAACCACCCAUCGAAGUCCCCGCUUCACCCGUGAGGCGCACCCAGGCGACGAAUGAGAACAUUCAGAGGUCUCCUAGCAGAGUGCUGCUGGGAAUCGACAAAGGCCUGAAGGGCAAAGACGUCUCUUUGAAAAGGGCACCGAGCUCACGAAGGCCUCCGGACACGCGGGUCGGGCUAGAGUUGGAGGGAUCCAGGACACCGAGUUCGGGACGUGCGAGCAGUUCGCAGGAGAACCACAGGCCGCUCAGCUUCAGCGAGCGACUAGCCUCGGCGAGGUCAGAGGAGAUCAGCCGGAAAGACAAACAGGAGCGCAUCCAGAAGCUUCGAAGUACAGCCUUUGGCGUCGGGCAGAAUGAAACAGAGGAAUAUCGAGCCAAGGCAGUGGAACUUCCAAACGUUCCCAUGAAAGCGCCGUCAUACAGCCGAGAUGAGAUAUUGGGGGUUGGCAACAAGCCCAAGACCGGGGGUUACCUGCAACGCAGCAAAACGGCGCCUGACGUGAGGCACAGGCCAAUGAGCCAGGAACCUUCUUCAGAGGCCGAUAACCCUUUCCACUCGCAAUCAUUAGACGGGGAUAUGAACGGCCAAAAGGAGGGAGGCGAAGGAGAAGCAUCCUUUGAACCGUACUCCGGGCUGCACCUCUCCAAACGAAUUCUCCCUCACAACGUGGUCACGCGGCAGAUUGCGGGCAAGAAGACCUAUCUAGUCCAAGAUCUGUUGCGCCAGGUCAAGGCGCCCGACUUCUCGCUGCCUGACGUCGAGAGCGACAUCGUUGUGUUCGCCAUCGUAGCUGAGAAGUCCGAGCCCCAGUUCCACAAGCCUGUCGCUGACAGCGAGGGCAAGAAGAAAGUCAACCAACCCAGUGAGCGAAGCAAGUUCAUGGUUGUCACCCUCGCCGAUCUGGAGUACGAAAUCGGCCUGUACCUCUUCAGCACAGGCUUCACCCGCUUCUACAAGCUCCCCAUCGGCACCGUCGUCGCUAUCCUGAACCCGGAGAUCAUGCCGCCGCCGCGCGGGCGUGAGGACACUGGCAAGUUCUCGCUGGUCAUCAACUCCGACGGCGACACGAUCCUCGAGAUCGGCAACGCACGCGACAUGGGCUGGUGCGAGUCGGUCAGGCGCGACGGCAAGCGCUGCAACUCGUGGGUCAACACCAGGAAGACCAAGCACUGCGAGUUCCACACCAACGAGGCGCUGCGCCGGGCGCGCACCGCGCGCAACGAGGUCAACCAGCUCAGCUUCGGCUUCGGCAGCAAGUACAAGAAGUCCAAGGUCAUAGUGGACCUGGAGCCCGGCAGCCGGGAGCACAGGCUCUACAACGGUAAGCCGCCGCUCGAGGGCCACUACGACGCCGAGACGCAGAGCCGCUACUUCAUCGCCGGCUCGGGCGGCGCCAACCACGCGAGCUCGGCCAGCCUGAUCGACGGCGGCAUGGCGGACAGGGCCGAGCGGGAGGAGGGGCUGAAGCGCCGCAUCGCGGCCAAGGAGAAGGAGCGGGAGAUCGCGCGCAAGCUGGGCGAGAUGGGCGGCGGCGCGGGGAGGGAGUACAUGCGCCGCGGUGGCGGUGGCGGUGGCGGAGGAGGAGGCGAUCGCAUCCCCGCCUCGUCUUCAGCGUCGUCCAUGUCCAGCCUCCGGCCGCACGAGCCGCCGCCGCCGCCGCCGUCCUCGCAGCAGCGCGCCCUCGACGCCAAGGCGGCACUAGGUCUGCUCUCGCGGCCGCGCGACGCCCAGGUCCACCUCAGCCCCGUCAAGCGCAAGCGCUCCGAGUCGGCGCAGUCCGGCUCGACGGCCACUUCUGCUGCCGGCGGCCGGACGGGAGGCUUCGGCUGGGGCGGCAACCUCAAGGACAAGCUCGCGCGGAUGAAGGACGGGGAGAGCCUGCGGCCGAGCAGCGCGGCCUCGAGGGUCGCGACGACGACGGCGACGGGCGGCGCCGACGUCGGUGGCCAGCCGGUGCGCAAGAAGACGCGGUUCGUCACGGAGAAGGGCAUCCGCGAGGCGGGCAGGGAGAGCCUGGGCGGCGCGGAGCUUCCCCCGCCGCCGGGUGGUGGCAGUGGUGGGAGUGACAGCGCCGAGGAGAAGAAGAGGAAGAGAAGCAUGAUGGCGGCGAGGGCGGUGGCGCUGGACGAUGAUGAUGACGACGAGGACUUGUUAGUUAUUGUCUGA